AUGUCAUACAUUUUUAUUUAUCGGUUUUCUUUCAAGCGUUUUCAUUUAUUUCGUAUUAUUUCUGCAAGUCUCUUACUUUUUAUGUCUUUUUAUAAUAUAGCCUCAUUACAAAGUUUUCUUUCUUCGUUUCUUUUUCAUAUCUUUCUUCCUUUCAUAAUCUUUUCCUUCCUUUUUCUUUUUUUUUCUCCGCGCGACACGUUCUUUCUUUCUUUCUUUCUUGCUUCUCCCGUAUCUCUUUAUUUCUCUCGUUUGUCUUUUCCGCCCACCAUCUUUCUUUCUUUCUUUCUUUUUUUCUUUUCCUUUCUUUCUUUCUUUCUUUCUUUCUUUCUUUCAUUUUCCAUUCUUUCUUUCUUUCUUUCUUUCUUGCUUCUCCCGUAUCUCUUUAUUUCUCUCGUUUGUCUUUUCCGCCCACCAUCUUUCUUUCUUUCUUUCUUUCUUUCUUUCUUUCUUUCAUUUUCCAUUCUUUCUUUCUUUCUUUUCUUGCUUCUCCCGUAUCUCUUUAUUUCUCUCGUUUGUCUUUCCGCCCCACCAUCUUUCUUUCUUUCUUUCUUUCUUUCUUUCUUUUUCUUUCUUUCUUUCUUUCUUUCUUUCUUUCUUUCUUUCUUGCUUCUCCAUGCUCUUUAUUUCUCUCAUUUUUUUUUCCGCCCCACCAUCUUUCUUUCUUUCUUUUUUUUUUUCCUUUUUUCUUUGUUUCUUUCUUUCUUUCUUUCUUUCUUUCUUUCUUUCUUUCUUUCUUUCUUUCUUUCUUUCAUUUUCCAUUCUUUCUUUCUUUCUUUCUUUCUUGCUUCUCCCGUAUCUCUUUAUUUCUCUCGUUUGUCUUUUCCGCCCACCAUCUUUCUUUCUUUCUUUCUUUUUUUCUUUUCCUUUCUUUCUUUCUUUCUUUCUUUCUUUCUUUCUUUCUUUCUUUCUUUCUUUCAUUUUCCAUUCUUUCUUUCUUUCUUUCUUUCUUUCUUUCUUUCUUUCUUUUCUUUCUUUUCGUUCUUUUCCUUUCUUUUUCUUUCCUUUUCUUUCUUUCUUUCUUUUCUUUCCUUCAUUUUUCAUUCUUUCUUUCUUUCUUUCUUUUUUUCUUUCUUUCUUUUCUUUUCCUUUCUUUUUCCUUUCUUUCUUUUUCUUUCUUUCUUUCUUUCUUUCUUUCUUUCUUUCGUUCUUUCUUUUCUUUCUUUUUGCUUCUCCCGUAUCUUUAUUUCUCGUUUGUCUUUUCCGCCCAUCUUUCUUUCUUUCUUUUUUUCUUUUCCUUUCUUUCUUUCUUUCUUUCUUUUCUUUCUUUCUUUCUUUUCUUUCUUUUCUUUCUUUCAUUUUCCAUUCUUUCUUUCUUUCUUUCUUUCUUGCUUUCCUUCUCUUUAUUUUCUCGUUUGUCUUUUCCGCCCACCAUCUUUCUUUCUUUUUCUUUUCCUUUUUUCUUUCUUUCUUUCUUUCUUUCUUUCUUUCUUUCUUUCUUUCUUUCUUUCUUUCUUUUUCAUUUUCCAUUCUUUCUUUCUUUCUUUUCUUUUCUUUCUUGCUUCUCCCGUAUCUCUUUAUUUCUCUCGUUUGUCUUUUCAUUUCUUUCUUUUUUCUUUCUUUUUUUUUUUUUUUUCUUUCUUUCUUUCUUUCUUUCUUUCUUUCUUUCUUUCUUUCUUUCUUUCAUUUUCCAUUCUUUCUUUCUUUCUUUCUUUCUUUCUUUCUUUCUUUCUUUCUUUCUCGUUCUUUUCCUUUCUUUUUUCCUUUCUUUUUCCUUUCCUUCAUUUUCCAUUCUUUCUUUCUUUCUUUCUUUCUUUCUUUCUUUCUCGUUCUUUUCCUUUCUUUUUUCCUUUCUUUCUUUCUUUCUUUCUUUCCCUUCAUUUUCCAUUCUUUCUUUCUUUUGCCUUUCCUUCAUUUUCCAUUCUUUCUUUCUUUUUCCUUUCCUUCAUUUUCCAUUCUUUCUUUCUUUCUUUCUUUCUUUUUCCAUUCUUUCUUUCUUUCUUUCUUUCUUUCUUUCUUUCUUUCCAUUUAUUAUCCCUAUCCAUUAUUCAUUUCUAUUUCCCUGCUUUUCGCAUUGCUUUUCUCUCGUUUUCUUUGUUUUCGAUCUCCUUUCUUUUCAGUACUUAUCCCUUCCAGGUUUCUUUCACGUUCUUACAUCUGCCAUUUUUUUCCUCUUCUAUACCUGUCGUCACCUCCCCCCCCUAUUCUAUUUCUAGACACAUUCGCAUUUUUUCAGUCAUGCUCCUUAGUUCCAAACUGAACACGAGAUUAAAACUUAAUUACGUCGACGAAAGUAUCAUUUUCGGAGUAGACAUCGUAGUAUCUAUCUAUCUAUCUAUCUAUCCUAGUCUAUCAGUAUCUAUCUAUCCUAGUCUAGUCAGUAUCUAUCUAUCUAUCUAUCCUAGUCUAGUCAGUAUCUAUCUAUCUAUCUAUCCUAUCAGUAUCUAUCUAUCUAUCUAUCCUAGUCUAGUCAGUAUCUAUCUAUCUAUCUAUCCUAGUCUAGUCAGUAUCUAUCUAUCUAUCUAUCCUAGUCUAUAUCUAUCAUCUAUCUAUCCUAGUCUAGUCAGUAUCUAUCUAUCUAUCUAUCCUAGUCUAGUCAGUAUUCAUCUAUCUAUCUAUCCUAGUCUAGUCAGUAUCUAUCUAUCUAUCUAUCCUAGUCUAUAUCUAUCUAUCUAUCUAUCUAGUCUUGUCAGUAUCUAUCUAUCUAUCUAUCCUAGUCUAGUCAGUAUCUAUCUAUCUAUCUAUCCUAGUCUAGUCAGUAUCUAUCUAUCUAUCUAUCCUAGUCUAGUCAGUAUCUAUCUAUCUAUCUAUCCUAGUCUAGUCAGUAUCUAUCUAUCUAUCUAUCCUAGUCUAGUCAGUAUCUAUCUAUCUAUCUAUCCUAGUCUAGUCAGUAUCUAUCUAUCUAUCUAUCCUAGUCUAGUCAGUAUCUAUCUAUCUAUCUAUCCUAUCAGUAUUCAUCUAUCUAUCUAUCCUAGUCUAGUCAGUAUCUAUCUAUCUAUCUAUCCUAGUCUAGUCAGUAUCUAUCUAUCUAUCUAUCCUAGUCUAGUCAUUAUUUUUUCAUCUAUCUAUCCCAGUCUAGUCAGUAUCAUCUAUCUAUCUAUCCUAUCAGUAUCUUAUCUAUCUAUCUAUCCUAGUCUAGUCAGUAUCUAUCUAUCUAUCUAUCCUAGUCUAGUCAGUAUUCAUCUAUCUAUCUAUCCUAGUCUAGUCAGUAUCUAUCUAUCUAUCUAUCCUAGUCUAGUCCAUAUCUAUCUAUCUAUCUAUCCUAGUCUAGUCAGUAUCUAUCUAUCUAUCUAUCCUAGUCUAGUCAGUAUCUAUCUAUCUAUCUAUCCUAGUCUAGUCAGUAUUGCUCUAUCUAUCUAUCCUAGUCUAGUCAGUAUCUAUCUAUCUAUCUAUCCUAGUCUAGUCAGUAUCUAUCUAUCUAUCUAUCCUAGUCUAGUCAGUAUCUAUCUAUCUAUCUAUCCUAGUCUAGUCAGUAUCUAUCUAUCUAUCUAUCCUAGUCUAGUCAGUAUCUAUCUAUCUAUCUAUCCUAGUCUAGUCAGUAUCUAUCUAUCUAUCUAUCCUAGUCUAGUCAGUAUCUAUCUAUCUAUCUAUCCUAGUCUAUCAGUAUCUAUCUAUCUAUCUAUCUAUCCUAGUCUAGUCAGUAUCUAUCUAUCUAUCAUUUCCGGAGUAGCCAUCGUUGGAAUAUCAUUUUUGAAUUCACUACCUCCUCGUCACCGAGGACUCGAUGAAUUACUUAAUAUAUAUGUACAUAUCUAUCUAUCUAUCUAUCUAUCUAUCUAUUCUGGUUUGGUCAUAUCUAUCUACUCUGGUUUGGUCAUAUCUAUCUACUCUGGUUUGGUCAUAUCUAUCUACUCUGGUUUGGUCAUAUCUAUCUAUCUAUCUACUCUGGUUUGGUCAUAUCUAUCUAUCUAUCUACUCUGGUUUGGUCAUAUCUAUCUAUCUAUCUACUCUGGUUUGGUCAUAUCUAUCUAUCUAUCUACUCUGGUUUGGUCAUAUCUAUCUAUCUACUCUGGUUUGGUCAUAUCUAUCUAUCUAUCUACUCUGGUUUGGUCAUAUCUAUCUAUCUAUCUAUCUACUCUGGUUUGGUCAUAUCUAUCUAUCUAUCUAUCUAUCUGGUUUGGUCAUAUCUAUCUAUCUAUCUAUCUACUCUGGUUUGGUCAUAUCUAUCUAUCUAUCUAUCUAUCUACUCUGGUUUGGUCAUAUCUAUCUAUCUAUCUAUCUAUCUACUCUGGUUUGGUCAUAUCUAUCUAUCUAUCUAUCUACUCUGGUUUGGUCAUAUCUAUCUAUCUAUCUAUCUACUCUGGUUUGGUCAUAUCUAUCUAUCUAUCUAUCUACUCUGGUUUGGUCAUAUCUAUCUAUCUAUCUAUCUACUCUGGUUUGGUCAUAUCUAUCUAUCUAUCUAUCUACUCUGGUUUGGUCAUAUCUAUCUAUCUAUCUAUCUAUCUACUCUGGUUUGGUCAUAUCUAUCUAUCUAUCUAUCUACUCUGGUUUGGUCAUAUCUAUCUAUCUAUCUAUCUACUCUGGUUUGGUCAUAUCUAUCUAUCUAUCUAUCUACUCUGGUUUGGUCAUAUCUAUCUAUCUAUCUAUCUACUCUGGUUUGGUCAUAUCUAUCUAUCUAUCUAUCUAUCUACAUAA